UGGCUUUCGGAGGUCCUGCCAAGUUUUUGGCUCAAGCAGUUGCACCCAUCGCAGACAGGCAAAGGGUCGUCAUGGCUGCUUCCGCUUUGAGCUUGAUGACUGCAGACUACAAGGACUUUGGCCGCUUCUACGAUGCUGACUCGGAUGCUACCACUACAUCCUCUUCUGAUGUAGCAGAGGUGAGCUUUGACCUCAACAACUUUGCACCGGAAGACUUUGCACAGCAGCUGCAGAGGAGAUUGAGGCAUCCAGCUGGCAAGAUGAUUGCUCCACCACCCAAGGAGCCUGCACCGCUUUUCAUUGAGGAAUCCCUUCCGCCGUCUAUGAAGGUGGCCACGCCCUUGGUGGCCUACAAUCUCAACCCGUUCCUGCCAGCCAAGAAGAGACCGUCCUUUGCAGAGGAGUUGGGAGCAUCUCAAGGAUUUCUGCAGUUCACCUGGGAGCCUGCAGUCAUCCGGACAAGUGAUCUAUCAGCCUUCUGAGUGCCAGAGGAUGUUGGACAACGCCCUAGUUGCAGGUUUGCAGAUGUCUCACAAUGAGUUUCUGCAGGCGAAAACAUUCCUGCUACGGCGGAAAGCUGUGCAAGGAAGGUUCUAUGAUGCUGGUAUCACUAGGAAAGGCCAACGCAUUGAUCCGUUGAUGCAGAGAUUAAGGUAGUUUGCUAGUCUCGCAGAGUUCAAAGCGAACUCGCGCAGUGGGGCAGCCACUGUGGUUCUUUGGGAGGAAACUCUAUGGUUAUUGUCAUCCACAGGGAGGGAUUCAAACCCUGAGGAUCGCUGGGCAGUCCACUCCGCAGGAGUUUAUGGACACGCUUCAGCUUAUGAAUUUUGGAGCCCGCCCCUGGGGCUUUGAUGACACACCCUCGAGCGUCUGCCUGGGAAGUGGGGAGCAGUACUGAG